GAAUACUCCUUUUAAGACAAUUGAAGUAGCGUGCAUGUGGUCUCGCAUCAAUAUUCGGUGGUUUUAAUGCUGCAUCGAGGCCUCGUAAGUAAGAAAUCCGAGGUUUGAGCAGAAAGAGAAGGUCUAUUGGGCAUCAUGUCGGCUAGCAAUUCACAAGAUGCAUGCACACUGCCAUACCCAGACCGUUUCCACGCAGCUGUGAACUUCAUCGUGAACUCUGUUCCUGGUACAAAGCCAGUGCCAGAUGAGCUUCGCCUGGCGCUCUUUGCGCUGCACCAGCAGGCCACAGUGGGCCCAUGCACAGAGGCCAAGCCGUGGGGAUGGAAUGUGGUGGAGAGCGCAAAGUGGGAGAGCUGGAACCAGUUGGGCAACAUGUCGUCUGUGGAGGCCAUGCGCCUGUAUGUGAAGCUCAUUGAGCAAGAGCAGCCGGACUGGUGGGCGCUGGCCAAGGCGCACAAGCACAAGCUGUCGCUACUGGCGGCAGAGGAGAACGGGGGGGACUCAGACGGGGGGGCCUACUUUGCCAGCCCGGCCCUGGAUGCCGCCCCACUGGGGGUCUGGUCCACCCCCUUUGUUGAGGGGCCCAAGCGCCCCCCGCCGCGCUACGAGCAUGCGGCCGCCACCGUCGGGCCAAACCUGUACGUCCUGGGCGGCAACUGCGGCGGGCGCUACCUGGGGGACGUGUGGAUCUUGGCGCUGGACACAAUGACGUGGAGUCCAGUCAGCGGCCCGGCCAAGUCAGCGCCGCCAACGCCCUCACAGAACGGGGAUGCGGCCGCUAUUUUGGCGCCGGUGCCGCAGCCGCUGCCGCCGUGUGCCGGCCAUGCCAUGGUCGCCUGGGGCAGCAAGCUGCUCGUGCUCGGGGGCCACAUGAAGGCGAAGGAUGCGAGGAAGGAUCUGCAGGUGAGCGCGUUUGACACGCAGGCCACCACCUGGGCACUGUUGGAGCCGUCAGGAGCGCCCCCCACCUCCAGGGGCGGCCACUCGGCCACCAUCAUCGGCAGCAGCGUGUUCAUCUUUGGCGGGGAGGACUCCUCGAGGCGGCCCCUGGGUGAAUUAGUCAUCCUUGACCUGGCGGCCAUGGCGUGGGUGCGCGCAGACACCACCGGCCUCCCGCCAGCCGCGCGCUCGGCGCACACUGCCGUCGCCUACAAGAACCGGUUCCUGGUGGUUUUUGGCGGCGGCAGUGUGGCGCACUGCUACAACGACGUGAGCCUGCUGGACACCAAGACCAACGAGUGGAGCAGCCCCGCCACCGACGGUGUACCUCCCACGCCCCGCGCCGGCCAUGCAGCGGCGAUGCUGGGCGACCGCCUGUACGUGGUGGGGGGCGGCAACAACAGCGCGGGCUGCGCCGACCUCGCAUGCCUCGACCUCUCCGGCCUCGCCGCGGGGCGGCCGCUGCGCUGGAGUAGUGUCGCAACCGCCGAGCCACGCAGCGCGAUCGCGAGCGAGGGGCUUUCAUUGGUCGCCGCGCGCGGCCCCGGUGCCCUCGUGGCAUACGGCGGAUACAACGGACGCUACCACAGCUCCAAGAAGCUGCAGACCACCUCUGAGCUGGAAAAGGAGCUCAGCCACUACAGGUGA